AUGGCGGCGGCGGCGGCGCAAGAAGCCUGGCGGGCGGCGUCUCCGCGGAGAAGGCGCUCAGCGGCGCGGCGUCCGAAGCGGAGAGAGGCGGCGGCGGCCGCCGGGACCCCGGGAGCCGAGCCCGAGGUGGACGGCGGAGUCGUGCUUCGUCGCAUCCAGGAGGCCAGGGAGGACCUGGUUGUCUCUGAUUUCUGGAGCUCAGCACUAGAAACCAUCACCGGGUGUCUCCGGAAACACCUGGAACAGUUGAGGGCCCCCGAGGGGCCUCUCUCGGAAGCCCUGGGACACCUGCAUCUCGCCGCCCCCCCGGUGGAGGCAGAUUCGGCCCCUGGCUCCGUCCCGGAAGAGACCCUGGUCCCAGGGACCUGCUGCUUCAAGUGUGUGUGUUACGGCAUCGGGAACUUCGCCAGCUGCGUCACAGCUAGAAGCCAGCUGGCGUUUCUGCUCCUCCUCCUGGAGCGGUGCCAGAUUCCCAGGAGUCACUGCUGGGCGUACGACCCUCUGUUUAGUCGAGUAGAAAUCGAGGUCCUCAACGCCCUGGGCGUGGUGGUUCUCCAGGAGAACGAGGAAGGGAAGCGGAGCGUGUGCGGGGAGCCCACCGUCUUCUACAUGCCGCACUGCGGGACGGCGCUCUACAACAACCUGCUGUGGAGGAACUGGUCGGUGGACGCCCUUUCCAAGGUGGUCAUUGUCGGCAACAGCUUCAGGGCGCUCGAGGAGAGGUUGUUGACAAGGAUUCUGCAUAAACAUUACCCAUAUGUUGCAAAGAUUCUGACAGGCCUGGAGGAGCUGGCGUUCCCUCAGACCCUGAGGUACAUGGACGUAUUUAACGACACCUCCAUCCACUGGUUUCCUGUAGAAAAGCUAACGCAGCUCCCCAUGGACACUUGGGCGUUUCGGGAGGAGCCAGAUUACCAGGACUGCGAAGACCUGGAGAUCAUCAGGAAGAAGACAGAGGAGCCUCCCCGCGCUGACCUGAGCUCACUGUGAGGGGCCCGUGGCGUAGGGACUGCAGGGCGCCCUCUCAUAGAGCAGGGAGGACGUUGGCUCUGAUGUAAGACGCCGUUUAUUCCCCAGCGCGCCCCCAGCAGGUGCACGGCCUACUUGGCCAUGUCGAUGAGGCUCUGCAGCGAGGUGGGCACCCAGGUCUUCUCGCCCUGCACGAACACCACGCCGCGGUCGAUGUAGAUGACGAUGCGGCCGAAGGUGUACAGCUGCUUGCCCUCGUGCCGCUUCCCGAUGACCGGCAUGAAGACGAUGUUGUGCUCCUCGGCCUUGGUCUCGAUGAGGUCCUUGAAGUUCAUGGGCACGGCGCUGGCGGCCACGCCGAUGCCCCGCUGGGCCAUGUUCUCAGCCUCGCGCCGCUCCUGCAUGGCCUCGUACUGGAAGUCCUUCCUCCGCUCGGUGUGCGUGAGGUAGGCGAUGUGCUCGCGCGCGCCGGGCUGCAUGUAGGCACCUGCGAGGCGCGGGGGCGGGGUCAGGGCGGGCCUGGCCCACCCACAGAGCCCAGGUGCCCUAGCGGGGUAGGGGUGGACAGCUGGCUAUGGCCACGUAAGAAUUUCUGGUUCAUGCCUAAUGACCAGAGGUUAUAAAACACUCAACAACCCUGACAGUCAUAAGCCGCUGUUCCCCACUUGCUAGGGCUUUCACCCCACACGUCCCCAAAGGCAGCUUUCAGAACCCUGAAACAUAAGGCCAACACUAUUAACAGAUGUAUCCGGGGCUGAAACACAGAUGUUGAAGGGCCCCCAAAUGCCCAGUGCUAACUGAGGGGUCCAGAGGGGAGACUGGUGUGAGAAGAGAGAUGCCCGCCAGUGUCCCCGGCCGGAAGGCCUGGGUGAGCAGAGGUCGGACACACGUUCACCUCACUAAACACAGUAUACAGUCUGUCAUCCUGUAUUGGGCUAAGCAGAAAGAACUGAAUAGAAAGUCCAGUCCCAGCUGCCACUCUGUGACCUUGUCUGUGAAAGACGGGACUGGCUGAGGGGGCCCCCUGACCCACCAGGCAGCAGGACCUCCCAAGAGCUGAGUAUUAUCCAGGGGUAGGUAGUAAGUGAACAGUCAGCUGCCUCCUCCUGACACCACCUAUACUGAGCGUGGUCCACACUCACUCACCCGGCGCCCUGGGUCCUUGCCGAGACCCGGAAGUGGGGCCUCGCUCCUGUUUUACAGGAGAGACGAAGGGUUAACUCCUAAGUGUUAGAGGGGCCACCCAGCUCCUGCCGGGCAGACGCACCAAGGAGCCGCCAGCACAGUGGUGACGAGGUGGACCCGGCUCAUGUGAGCCUCGUUCAGGGACAGCGCUCCUCAGCUGCAGCUGAGACAGGGGGCAGCUGCGGGCUAAGUAACUAUGUGGUGGGGCUGAGACAGUCUGUGUCCAGGAGCCGCAGGUGUGAACUCUGACUCAGUGUGGGGCCCCCACUCACCGACAUUGGAGGACACCGCCCUGUUCAUGAUGUCGAGAGCCUCGUUGAACUUGUCCUUGACGGACGGGUGCGCCAGCACUUGGUCCGAGAACAUGGACUUCCAGCCCAGGUACCACUUGGUGAUCUCCUCAUAAUUGGGGCUAUUGCUCAGCCAGGAGCACAGCACCUGCCCAGAGGAGGCAGGUGAGACGCCAGGGUCUGUCCACCUGCUCGUCUGGGGCCCGGUCUGCAAGCUGGUGACGCUUGCAGGGUUUCAGGGGCUGAAUGGGGUCAGCUCAGCAGUGAAGGGCCCUGCACGUAGCCUCUGCGCCUGGGCCUCCCCCCCCACCCUCGGGCCCCAUGUGGCAGGUGUUCAAUAAA